GGAAAACCUUUUAUUCGACAAGAAAGAAUGAGAAAACAUGUCAUUUGGGAUUUAGUCAAAAGUGUUGUCAGGAAUCAAAAAACACUUUAAAUAAGAUUUUUAGAAAAUUGCAGUGACCUUGCAUGGAAUAUAAUCACGGAACUACGCAUUUCGCAAUAAAUGUUCAUACGUAGGAAAUCGAUUCAGUGUAUCUCUUCCACUCGACUUUAUUUUUUAUGCGCCGGCAGUGAAAUAUUGGCGUCAAAGUUUGUUUAUAGUGACAAAAGCUUCCUGUAACUGUCAAUAUGGUACUAUCGAUCGAUAGGUGGUUUGGCAAAGUUGCAAUUGUAACAGGAGCCAGUUCGGGAAUAGGUGCUGCAACUGCGGAAAAGUUGGUUGGACAUGGCUUGCAGGUAGUGGGUAUAGCAAGAAGAAAAGAUCGCCUAGAAGCUUUGGCGAAGAAACUAACAGGCAAAAAGGGCAAAUUCCAUCCUAUGACUGGUGACGUUACCAAAGAACAGGAUAUCUUGAACGUGUUUGACUGGACCAGGAAAAAUUUGGGACCAUGUCAGAUUUUGAUUAACAACGCUGGUAUUAUUUGCAAUUCUGCAAUAAUUGGGGGUAAAACUGAAGAUUGGCUACAAACCAUCAACGUGAAUGUUGUGGCGCUAUGUACAGCCACUAGGGAAGCAUUAAAAGACAUGAUGGAUAAUAAUCUAGAAGGUCACAUUAUCAACAUAAACAGUAUUGCAGGGCAUUAUAUACUGCCAGGUCCUAACCUGGAGAUAUACACUGCUACCAAGCAUUGUGUUACAAGUUUGACAGAAUCUAUGAGAAAGGAGAUGGGAAGGUUGCAGAAAAAGAUCAAGUUCACGAGCAUAAGCCCUGGAGUAGUUGCGACAGAGAUACUUGCUCGGGCACCUAGUGAUCUAUCGAUAGACAUCAGCAUAAAUCUACAAGCUGAAGAUAUAGCUGAUGCUAUAGAGUAUGUACUUUCAACCCCUCCACGAGUGCAGAUCCACGAGCUGAUGAUUCGACCUACUGGUGACCAGAUUUGAGUAUAUAGAUAUCACAUCGCAGCAAGCAUCGAGAUAUGGAUUGUUUUAAAAUAUUCAUAGGCAUUUUUUAAGUGUUGUUUUUUAUUAUAGAGGCAUUUCUUAAUUGAUAUCAUAGAGGGUGUGUAACUAUUAACCAUGGUAAUUGUAUACAGUACAUACAUAUACGCAUCGUCGAGAUUUUGCUUUGUUGUUCCUUCCCAAAACAAAUAUAUCUAUAGCAGCCCAACAGAUUUGGGUGAGG